AUGCUGUUCUCCAAAUUAGCCAUUUGGCUGGCACUUAUUGGCAAGGCCAUUGCGAGAUUCUGCCAGAACCAAACCAUUCAACUUCGAGUUACCGCACGCAAUGGCGUAUUUGAUAAUCUGAUUACCCCGUCCACAGACCUAGAGGCAAUCAACUUUGCCCUGGCGGCUUCUAAGCAAGGGUCGAACGGUACUGCUCAAGCCCUAACUGGGUACUACACCAUCACGGGCACAUAUAAUCUCUCGACUCAGUAUUGCACUCCAGAUGAUCGCGCCAACGCGCCCAAUAGCACUGAACCGCCCAUCCUUCAGAUCCUAACGCACGGGAUUGGCUUCGAUAAAACAUACUGGGACCUCGACUACAACGACUACAACUACUCCUACGUCAAGUACUCCCUUGACCACGGCUACCACACUCUCUCCUACGACCGCCUGGGCAUCGGCGCCUCGUCGCACGGCGAUCCUAGGAACGAGAUCCAAACAUCCCUCGAAGUCGCCGCUCUGGCACAACUAACCCAGCUCGUCCGCAACGGCUCGUUCCCCGGGAUGUCCACGAGGCCCCGCCACGUCGUCCAUGUGGGACACUCAUUCGGCUCCGUCCAAACAUACGAGCUCACCGCGAUGUACCCUACCCUCUCAGAUGCGAUUGUGCUCACGGGGUUCUCGACAAAUAUUUCGUUCUUCGAUCUCUUCCUGGCGGGCGGGAACUGGCAUCAGGCGUAUCUUGCCACUCAAGGACAGCAGCAGCAGCAGCAGCCUCAACCAGGCGAAGCCUCAGGUUCAGCCUAUCCCCCGGGCUACCUCGCAACCGGAAACGCCGCCGCGGACCAAUACCUCUUUUGCUUCGCGCCCCAAUUCGUCCCGGGUCUCCUCGCAUACGUCGAGAGUGUCAAGCAACCAGUCUCAAUCGGCGAGCUACUAACAAUCGGAGCUAGCCUCCCCCGCGUAAACUCCUUCCAGGGCCCCGCUCUGGUAAUCUCGGGCUCAAAUGAUGUCCCCUUUUGCGGAGGCGACUGCUCAAAUGUUCUUUCGUCGGCCCGCGACGCGUUGCCGCAGGCGAGUCCGUUCAUGCCGCAUGUUGAGCCCGUUACGGGGCAUGGGAUUAACGUGCAUUAUACUGCGGUGAAUGUGUAUGAGCGGAUUCUGAGCUUUUUGGAGACGAGUGGGCUUGCACCGUGA